AUGGACGCUUCUAGGCUGCUGUGCGAUGCCCAUGUCAAGCGAAGACUUGAGUAUGGUGGUGCGGCGACAUACCCCUGCGCGGCCGGUGAACUGGCUAAGUUGGAGCGUGUACUACCUGCUGCCACUAGACUCGUUUUUGUACUACGCGGGACCAGCUAUGCAGGUCGUAUGCAGGCUACUGGUCUGUUUUCAAUUGCGCAUCGACUCCUCAGGGAAGAUCUCAGCUGCUUGAGGAAGAUUCCGAGAGGUGACAUGGACCCGGAACUGCAACAGUACUUCCCUUUACGGACGGAGGACCGCACGUAG